AUAAUGAUGUUACCAUACUUGUUUUGCUCUCAUUAUAAGUGGGUUUUUUUGGGGACUUUCGAUUCAGGAUCUUUCUUUCUAUAAUAAUGUACUCUUUAGUCAAUGUCCAUAAUUCAUUACCUUAAAUAUUCAGUUGCACUUUGCUUUGACUUAUGAUCAGUUCAAUCACUUUAAUAAUGCUCAAGAUGAGCCUUCUGUUCUUCUUUUUCUUUUUCUCUUGGAACCUCAUGGAUACAUCUGCGGUCCAAUAAAACCUUCACUCGCUGAAUCAGGAUUUGUGGAGACAGCACCUUGUUUAGUCUUAUGUUACUGGCUCUUGCGUGCUUUAUCUUGUAUUUCUGCAACCUUUUAAGGCAUUUGACCGCACCUGAAAUUUCCGGAUGUCUCCCUUGGAUUCGGUACCAUGGCUUUUACAAGGAUUUGCAACUGAACGUCAUUUGGCCAGGGAAAGAUUUAGCUCUUGGUGUUAAUAACAUUGGGACUAUUCCAGCAGCACUUGUGACCUAUGCAUCUAUACAAGCAUUGAAGCCAGACCUCAUCAUAAAUGCAGGCACAGCUGGUGGCUAUGUGUCGAAAGGAGCAAACAUCGAGGAUGUUUUUCUUGUAUCAAGUGUUGCUUUCCAUCAUAGAAGGAUACCUCUUCCUGGUCGUGAUCUGUAUGCAAUUGGCCGGCGACAGUCCUUCUCAAUGCCUUUGCUUUCAACAGAGCUUCAACUGAAGGAUGGAGCACUAUCCACUGGUGACUCCUUUGAUAUUUGCCCACCGGAUGAAGCAUUCAUCACCGCUAAUAAUGCUAACCUUGUAGACAUGGAGGGAGCAGCUGUUGCCUACGUGGCAGGUCUAUUGAACGUCCCCACUAUAUUCUUGAAAGUUGUGAGCAACGCCAUUGAUGGUGGCGAGCCAUCUGUAGAGGAAUUUCACCAGAAUUUGGCAGUGGCGAUGUCUACCCUUGAUCAGACAGUCGCAGAAGUUUUGGACUUCAUCAGUGGGAAGUGCCUGUCUGAACUGUCCAUCUCUGAAACAUCUUCUCUGGGCUCUACAAGAUGACUAAAAACUGUAGUUGUUAUAGUUGCGCACUUGAUCUUCUCUUAUUUGAAUGUUAUAAUAGCAGUUUGCUCAUUCAUGAUUCAACUGUUGGAUGGGAGUCCAGAGCCUUCAAUGAUGGAUUCAAUGAUGGAUUCAACUGGUGAAGCACACAGGCCAUGGACUACUCACAAGCCAUCCGUUGCGAUAAGCCAAAUUCAGCCCGAGGCACCUCUAACUUUCCUCUAAAAUGAUACUUGUAUUUCACUCACAGUGCUAUUGAAUGCUGUUGAUCAUUCCCUGAAAUGCAACACCAGUCUGCUAUUUUCUGAAUGUAAUGGGACUUUAAUGUGGACCAAAGGCCAGAAUGGCAGCAUUCAAGUAUCAUGUUGCUCUUUAUCUCUAAAUAGACGAUGUGAUUGGGACUCCUUCUCUCA